AUGGCGAGGAAGCAGAAUAAGGCUCUGAAAAGAACGCCCCAAUGGACGGACAAUGGUACGCCCACAAAGAGGAAACGCACGCUGCCUGCAUCCUCUCCGCUCAAGAAUUGCGCUAAGGCGGUUGAUGUGAGUGGGAAUGGAAAUUUGGCAUCAGCAUUUGUUCCAAAGAAGCACCCGACUGACAGGCAGGAUGAGAGCACGAGACCUUUUAUUAAGACAUCCAGCUUGUUUAAAAACAACCCCAAGAUUCCAGAAAUCCCCAGAGGUACAGUGCAGCUGGUGCAAGAAAAGGUUUUCACUUCAGAUUCUUUCACCCAGCUGGAUCUUCAUCCCCAUCUGGUAUCCACAAUAACCACUGUUUUGAAGAUGUCUAGUAUGACUAGUGUCCAGAAGCAAACUAUUCCUGUGCUGCUCCAAGGCAAGGAUGCCCUGGUGAGAUCCCAGACAGGUUCAGGUAAAACUCUGGCCUAUGGUGUCCCACUGGUUCAGUCCUUGCAGGGGAUGAAGUCAAAAAUACAGCGCAGUGAUGGGCCUUAUGCACUUAUAUUGGUUCCAACAAGAGAGCUAGUAUUACAGAGUUUUGAUACAGUCCAGAAAUUGCUUAAGCCAUUUACCUGGAUUGUGCCUGGAGUGCUAAUGGGGGGAGAAAAGAGGAAAUCGGAAAAAGCCAGAUUACGUAAAGGAAUAAAUAUUCUCAUUUCAACUCCUGGCCGCCUGGUUGAUCACAUUAAGUCAACAAAGUGCAUUCACUUCCAUCGUACCCAAUGGCUGGUUCUCGAUGAGGCAGACAGGAUCCUGGACAUGGGCUUUGAGAAGGAUGUGACUGUCAUACUUAAUGCCUUAAAUGCAGAGAGUGAGAGGCGGCAGACUGUCUUGCUCUCUGCCACGCUCGCACAAGGUGUAACGAGGUUGGCUGAUAUCAGUCUGAACGAUCCAGUCAGCAUUUCUGUUGUGGAUGAAACCUGGGACAGAACUGAACCUGAGCUGGAACCAGUUCAAGGAGCAGUUUGUUCCCCAGUUAACAUGGGGACCAGCAGCUUUGCUGUACCAGAGAAGCUCAAGCAGCAUGUGGUGGUUGUUCCCAGCAAGCUGAGGCUUGUCACCUUAUCAGCUUUUAUCCUCGGGAAGUGCAAGUUUGAAAAAUGCCACAAGAUGAUCAUCUUUUUCUCGAGCUGUGAGCAAGUGGAAUUCCACCAUGAACUCUUCCUAAAAGUCCUGUUGGGAGGUGCAGAGUCUGACCAGCCUGGGCAUCCACUGCCUCCAUUGCCAGGCCUGAGGUUCCUUCGACUACAUGGCAACAUGGACCAGGAGGAAAGGACUGCGGUAUUCCAGGAGUUCCUGCAGGCCAAGAUUGGCAUCUUACUUUGCACAGAUGUUGCUGCCCGUGGGUUGGACCUGCCUCAAGUCACCUGGAUUGUUCAGUACAACGCUCCGGUUUCACCUGCGGAAUACGUCCACCGGAUCGGAAGGACGGCUCGGAUUGGCUGUCACGGGAACAGCCUGCUCAUCCUGAUUCCUUCGGAGGCAGAAUAUGUCAACUCGCUGGCUUCUCACAAGAUUAAGGUCUCAGAAAUGAAGAUGGAGGACAUUUUGGCCAACUUAAUGAAGGAUGAUCGUUUCAAGGGGCGCCAAUGGGGAAACAAAAAAUCCCGUGGCACAAACCCCCAGGAAGUGCGGGAGCGGGCAACGGUCUUGCAGACGGAAUUUGAAAAUUACGUGCACUCCAGCGGAGAAAAGGUCCGGUGGGCAAAGAAAGCCCUGCAGUCCUUCCUUCGUGCAUAUACCACCUACCCCAAGAGCCUAAAGCACAUCUUCCACAUCAAAGCCCUCCACCUGGGCCAUGUUGCCAAGACCUUUGGCCUGAGAGACGCUCCCCAGAACCUCAAUACCUCUGUGGCUGCCAGCUCCAAGAAGAAAACUAAACUCAAGCCACAAAGGCCCGACCUUCACAAGAGGACCCAAGGCAAGCGCCGCCUUGCUGAAAUCUUGCGCUCUGAAUAUUCAAGUGGGAUGGACUCUAAUGUAUCCAAGGUCAAGAGGAAGAAAAGACACAGAAAACCUGGCAACCAGGAAACGCUGAGCUGAACUGGGAGUUUCCAAUCCUCUGCUACAAAAACUGGUUCCAGAGAACGCCGGGGACAGAGUGACAUGUAAAGCAAACUGACGAGCAUCGGGAUUUAGCAGAGAAUUGUUCAAAGGCUUAAAGCCUUGGGGAGCUGAGCCUUACAGGAUGAAUGGGACUGAAUUCAGACACGUCCUGUUCUCAGCAAAGAAUGCUCCGUUCCAAUUAAAUGCAGCUUCCCGGAGAUGCGCUAAGUUUCCAAGUUCUGCGGUUUUAACUCCGUGACAAUUUGCUUUUGUUAGGAAAAUUUCAGAGAGGUGAGCUGCAGCGUAGAGGGCAACAUACGAGCGCCCUGCCAAUAAGUGCACUUCACCUGGGUUGAGAAAGGAACUGAAUUCACAGGAGUGAUUGUUUUAAAAGCCUAUAGGGACUAAUGCCUCUUUUUUUAACCACAGAAAGUUAAAUUAACUCAGUGAGUGUUCGCCCCAAGGGCCAGGUAUAACCACUCGUCCUCUGUAGGGACCUGUUCAUUUCACUCUGGCUCUCCAGAGAGGCAAAUGCUGCUCAGUGUGAGCAGAGGUAGCGAAGUCUGACCCUUGUUUGCUUAGUCUGCGUUUAACAAGCAUGGGACCCUUUGUCAGCCCUGUAGUGUCAGUGGUGUGGGGGCCGUACCUUGAUGGCGCUCAAGGUAAUGGCAAAGCUCCCAUUUACUUGGGAGAAGGAUUUGUUCCUGUCUGUAACCAGACACAGGCCACAUGAUACAGUUGUGAGUGAGUCCUUGCUCAAGCAAUCUUUAAAAGUAGGACUGGGCCCGAGUCAUUGAGGAUGGAGCUGUUCUGUGUUGCAAAAAGCAUCUCCCAUCUCAGCACACUGAAGGCUUUGCAGAGUAUUUCUAAUGCUUGCCAAUAAUCCAUCAUUUUGGAAAGGCGUUACUCCCUCUGAGAAGUGUAGUUAAUCAACCCUUACUGCAGCUCUUUUUAAAUAUCCAUUCCCCCUUUCAGAGCCUUUUCUGGCCUAGUUGACAUUUCUCUCUGUUUCUUCCCUGUUUUUUGCCUUUGAAGCAGGAAGACAUCAGUAGCUUGGGCUUUUUCCUUUCUUCAUUCCCAGUCAGGUCCUGGUAGGGCUGGGAGUGCUAUGGUGUGCUCCAAGCCAGGCUGUAUUUGGGCCUCAUUCAUCAUUACCCUGCACGCAGGCUGGAGCCCGCUUAGCCUCAGUGGAGUUGUACACAGCUUCCCUGCUUUUAAUAAGGCCACAUAUGAAAGCCCACCCCACUGUCAGCUCCGAGUACCAGGCUCACCUCAAUCUGUCUUCUCCACUAUAACCACUGAGCAUCAGAUAUGCCUAAAAGGGGGGAAAAAAGCCCUGCCCAGUGUACAUACAGCCCUCCCUCUUGAGAGAAGACCAGAGCAGGAACAAACUGCACGUGUGACGCAUGCUGGUUACAUCCCCGAGUGCCCAGGCGGAUACGGUGGUAGUUCAGAGCGGUAUAAGAGCUUAUGUGGACUAGGAGGCACAGCCUGGCAGAGGGGGCUGUAAGAUGUUUGCAUAUCAGAUUGCAGCGAUACAAGUGAUGGAACAUGGCAUUAGGCAAGAAGGAGUCAGGCCAUACAGUGCAGAAAAAGAGCAGCCAAUCCAAAAGAUUUCUCAACUGGGUAUAACUCUGGAGAACCAGAGUGCGUCUGCCUUUUUCCCUCCCAGGCAAUUACUGAACUGCAACUUCCUGGCUUCAUGUGUUUCGUGGCAGGAGAGGGUUUUUUUGGACGCUU